ACAGACUUACUUCAAACUGGCCAAAUAAAAAAGCUUCAUCAUGCAGUUCAAGCUUACAUCACUCCUCAUUCUCCUGCCCCUUUCCCUUGCCCUGCCCGAGCCGAUUGCGGAGCCAGUUCCAGAGGCUGGUUUCAAGGAAGGAAGCGCCAUUACACCCCGUGAUGGGCCCGAUACACUCAUAGCCCGCGCUUGCUCCUACAACACUGGUUGUACGUCCCAAAGCGGAGCCAGUGCUGGAAAAUAUUGCGGUUUUUGUACCCAAGUACGCGGAACGUAUCAUGUCGGUGACAUCUAUCAAGUCAAUGGUGGCUCUGGGUCCUCGAGCUGCUGCAGUUAUGGAGCAAGCUCGGCAUGUGCUGCACGUUGGCCAGCUGUCAGUCCAAAUGUUCUUGUCAAAUGCGCCAACAAUGGUAGAGGAUACUAGCUGAGUGGAGGCCGUUGAUUAGCUGGAAAGCUCACUCUUUUUUCUGAUCUAAAUUGCAAAGUAGACUGCCGAACAGACUUGGGGGUUUUGCUUUACCCACAUUAUUUUCUUGUGGAACCUGCGAAUGAAUGUUCCAAAUCUAUGUAUUCCUUGCGUUUUGUUC